AUAUAUGUAUUUACAGCUCGUUAUUAGUAAAUGAAAAAAUAAGUGUAAUACAACUGCAGCAUUCGAGUUCUAGCUUAAAGCUCUUUUAUUAAUUCACUUUGAUUGAAUUAAACCAAAUCAGCAAGCUAAGGUAACUGGAGUUACGCAGUAUUAACAACUAGUAUUAUUAAAUUAUUAUUUCAUUGUUUUGCAUUUAUUUUGGGAAUUAACAAUAAUACAAUCGAUAACAACAAAAUAACUUUGGAUGAGUUAUUACUUUGUUGUUUAUAUUUAAUUAUACUCGAUAGUUUGGAAGAAAAAGGUUUCAGUUAAUCACAAUGGUGGCACACACAGUUCUUUUGGACUUUACAGUAUCAUCAAAUGUAAUUUCUGAUGUUGAAAAAAGAUCAAAUCUCAAGUCAACAAUUGUAAAUGUAUUGAGUGAUUAUUUCAAUGGAAUAAAACCACUAACCGAAGUAACUAUCGAUGGUAGCUUUAUAAUUCUGUACAGCGGACCAAGAGCCAGUCUCAUUACUGUUAGAGGAUACCCACAAGGAUUAGUUACUGUCAAUGUUGAGUAUUACAAACAAGAUGAAGAUGAACCAUUGUUAUCUUUUGAGCAAUGGCGUUACUUGGAAGCUGACAUUGCCUUGGCUUUGAAUAGCCAACGAAGCAAACGUUUACCACCUGUAAGGCGAGGCACCAUUUAUGAUCUCUAUUUGACAUUAUCAGAUGAAAGACUACUAGAGUACGAUAUUGAUAAACUGGUAUUCGAAGAGAGAUCGCCGUAUCAAAAAGUCCAAAUAGUCCAUUCAAAGUCUCUUGGUAAUCUGUUGGUAUUGGAUGAACUGCAGAAUAUGUCUGAAGCAGAUAUAAUUUACACGGAAACUUUGAUGCAAAAGGGAAAAGAAUGUUACGCAGACAAAGAAAUAGUAAUUUUAGGCGGAGGUGAUGGUGGUUUACUAUGGGAAUUGCUCAAAGAAAAACCUAAACACGUAAUAAUGCUAGAGAUUGACGAUGUAGUAAUAAAAGCUUGUAGUCAGCACAUGAGAAGUGUAUGCGGUGAUUGCCUAGACAAAAGAAAAGGCGAUAACUAUGAGAUAAUAAUUGGUGACUGUGUGGAAGCGUUGACGCACAUGGUAGAAGAAGGUCGUCAAUUUGAUUACGUCUUUGGGGAUUUAACUGAUUUACCUAUCAGUCCACCUGAUGGAGAUGCAUGGGAUUUUAUAAGACUUAUUUUAAAUAAGACAGUCAAAGUAUUAAAACCUUCGGGAAAAUACAUGACACAUGGUAAUGGAGCAUCUUGUCCUGAAGCUCUGACGAUGUUUGAAGAUGAAUUGUCACGACUAUCAGUUCCAGUGACAUUUACAAAAGACCGUGCUUUUAUUCCUUCAUUUUUUGAGGAUUGGAUUUUCUAUCAAGUUUCCCGUAAAUGAUUAAUCAGAUAUUUCCAGUAUUAUAUUAUAAAUUCAAAGCAUAAUUUUUUCUCAAUAUUAUGACACACUGUAGUUAGAUAUAUAUAUUUCAAUUAACAAUAGGACUCAAUCUUACAAUUAUCUUUGAAAACAAAUUAAAAAAAAAAAUGAUAAAUAAAUAAUUUAAAUAGAUAUGAUGAAAACUUUAGAAACGCAAAUAC